AGAGGCCGAGGUGGAAGAGACGCAUCGCGAAGGCUUUCACUUUCAGCAUGAGGCCUUCUCGCCCGACGCCGUGGAGGAAGACGCGAGCGCUGCGGCGGGAGACUCCGGGUAGCUCCGUCAAGAGGAGAUCCAACAGUGGUGGGUAUGGAUCGGUGGGAUGACUAUUAUCGCCGUUGAGAUUCUGCCGUCAGUGUAUGGUUUGUCGGUUGCGUAUAUAACAAACACACAUGACCUGGCUAUGCUUAUCCAAGGGUCAAUCAACGUGUACCGUUUUAACACCUUCAGUGAAGGCUCGGUUUAUGAGUUCACGGAACAUACCGUCUUCGUUGGGCUUGCGGAAACGAGAGAGCCGAUCCAUGGAAAGGUUUUGGUUCUGCAAUUACAACCACCUCAUGUUAUUUGCCAAAACCAACACAGUCUUCGUUGGUGAAGUCUGGGGCAUUAAAACGAUCUACAACGAAGAGACCCAGCGUACUCAACGUCACAUGACAAUCACAAGGAGGCACUCGACAGUCUGCCUGAGUGUAUUUGACAACUAAAGGCGCUACUCUGAUGUAGAACUAAAAAUGGUUGUUGAAACAAAUAUAUACCCAAAGUUAGUUGGAGGCAGGCUGUUCAUCAAUGCUUCUUUUGGUACUCAUUCAGAUCCAUAGAACAUUCCGGUCAGAUAUAAAGACCGAGAGACACCACUGGCUGGCCGAGUAUCAUGAGUGGAAAAAAAAGAGGUUCAACAGAUACCAGUGAAGUGUAAAAAACCCGGAUGGUGACAGAUACAUACUGCAAACCAGAGAUUCUUUUGCAUCUUGCAGGGAGAUUAGUAAGGUAAUUGAAUAAGACAUGACUGUUCUUAUUUUUGGUUUACCGAUUUCAGGAACUUAUGAUCCUGAUUUCUGGAACUAGAUGGUUUCUUUUGUUUUCUUGCAAACCGAUAUUGUAAUAUAUUCUAGAGAACCACAGCG